AAGAAGACGAUGACUAUAGUUGCUUUGUGUUUAGCAUAUUUUCUUUGAAGACAGGAUGGCUGAGAAGAAGCAUUACGAAGGCUUUGAUAGAAAAGGAUGGUAGAUCAGAACCAUAAGCUGAAGGCCUUCAUAAAGAACUGAGGUUCUUGCUUGGGAAUAUAUAUCGUCCAGACUGCACGAGGGAGGAAAUUAUACAGGAGAAAUGGGCCCGAGAAAGAAGUCUAAUAAACUCCAGCCUUUUGUGGUCAGCAGUGGAGGGGAACUGGUCCAAAGAGCCAGUGAGCCCAAAGACUACAUCAAUGAGCUGUCCCAUGAAGUCCUCUGUCAUAUAUUCAGGUAUCUCCCCAUGAAGGAUAUCAUAUGUAUGGAGUGUUUAUCGAGAAAGCUUCGAGAAGCUGUAACUCUGUACCUGCGAGUAAUUAAAGUGGUGGAUCUAUGUGCUGGCCGCUGGUGGGAGUAUAUGCCUUCAGGCUUUACAGAUAGCAGUUUUUUGCUACUUUUGAAGAAGAUGCCAGAUCUGGAGCAGCUAUAUGGUCUCCACCCACGAUACCUGGAAAGGAGACGAGUCCGUGGUUUUGAGGCUUUCAGUAUACCAGGAGUCCUGGAGGCCCUACAGGCCUGUCCGAAUCUGCUGGGUGUUGAGACUUCACACCUGGAACUGGUGGAAGCCAUAUGGAACUAUAUGCCCCAGGUUCACAUUCUGGGAAAGUUCCGCAACCGUAACGGGGCUUUUCCCAUUCCUGCUGAGAACAAACUCACCAUCCCCAUAAAUGCUAAGAUCCAGACUCUACAUCUGGUGGGUGUAAAUGUCCCUGAGAUCCCCUGUGUAUCCAUGCUGCGGCACCUUUACCUGAAAUGGGUUCGUCUCACCAAACCGCAGCCGUUUAAAGACUUUCUGUGUGUGAGCCUGAGGACCUUUGUCAUGCGCAACUGUGCAGGGCCAACCAACUCUCUCAAAUAUGUUCCCCUGAUUACUGGUUUGGCUUCAGCCCGGAACCUGGAGCAGCUGGAGUUGGUAAGAGUUCCCUUCCUGGGAGGGUUGAUCCAACAUGUGGUGGAGGACAGCUGGAGGUCAGGAGGAUUUCGGAACCUUCACACCAUUGUGUUCGGAGCCUGUAAGAAUGCUCUGGAAGUGGACUUGGGCUACCUCAUCAUAACUGCUGCUCGCAGGCUUCAUGAGCUCCGUAUCCAGCCUUCACUGACAAAAGAUGGAGUCUUCUCAGCUCUUAAAAUGGCUGAACUUGAGUUUCCCCAGUUUGAGACGCUUCACCUGGGCUAUGUGGAUGAGUUUCUGCUCCAGUGUAAAAUGAGUCAUUCGGAGUUGGUGAAGUAUGGUCUGGCUGAUGUCAUUGAGAACCCAGGCAUCAUCACUGAUAUUGGAAUAAAGGUGGUGAAUGAGGUGUUCACCAAUAUUAAAUACCUGCUAAUCUACAACUGUCCUCACCUCCACAACCCUCACCACUGGCUCACAGAUCAGUCCAGAUGGAGUCGUCUUGUUGAUCUCACGCUUGUUCGCUGCCAUGCCAUCAAACUGGAGUCUUUUUCCCAGUUUGUAGAGUUGCUGCCCAGUCUGGAGUUUAUCUGUCUGGACCAAAUGUUUAGGGAACCACCCAAGGGAUGUGCCAGGGUGGGUCUGAGUGCAGGAACUGGGAUCGGUGUUUCCUCAGCACUGGUCAGCAACCAGAACUCCAACAAUGACAACGAUAACCAUCAUCACAAUGAGGCCAACAUGCCUCCUGCUCCUCCACCUGUCAACAACCAAAGGCGGCAGCAGCAGCAACAUGAUGCACCAGUGGAAGUAAAUGGGAUGGAGGAAGAGGAUGAAGAGGACGAAGAGGAGGAGGAGAACGUGGAAUUUGAGCCUCAGAUAGAGCUGAAAGGAGCAGACGAGGGGAUGGAAGUUGAAGGAUGUGAUAUGGCUCCAGGGCCCAGUCGUCAGGCUAUAACACCACAGCCACCUGAUGAGGAACAAGCAGGUCCCAGUGGUUUAAUCCAGCAGUGCAGAUCAGCUAGUGCCACUGUUCCCAAGCCCUCACAGGUCAUCUCAGACUCAGACAGUGAGGAAGAGGAAGGCCUUGUUUCAAGAUUAAUGCCACCUUCAUGUUUGGAGCAGCCGGCCUCCUGUACAAAAGGUAAAGGAAAGACUCCCCUGAGGCGGUGCAACAAUGUGGCUGUAUCUGUGGCAGUCUCUGAUGAGCCAAGGGCUCAUGUUGCAGAGGGCAACUGUGAGAAGAGCUGCCAGGUGACCAGUGAACAGAUUAAGGCAGAUAUGAAGGCUGCUACUGAGAGCAGCAGGAGGACUAGCAGUAAAGGAAUUACUCCUGAGGCUGUGAAAGCCACUGCAAGACCAGGAGCUAACAGUGGGACAUCAGAGGGUACUAGGACUGCUGGGGUAGCAUCAAGGGCUGGAGUGAGGACAACCACUGGAUCCAUGGCCAGAGUUGGACCUCCAAGAGCUACAUCUGGCCAUGUAGGUGGAUAUGGGAGGAUGGUGAUGGAUGCUACCUGUGGAACAGCCACUGACAGAGCUGCAGGAAUUGGCAGGGCUAAUGAUGGCACAGAGGGUCCUUCUGCCCCUCUGAGUUCUAGUCCGGCUAAUGUGGACAGUCUGGAGCCCAGAGGUGCUGCUGUAAAUCAGGAUCCUAGGAGACCAGCACCUCAGGGUGGACAGGGGGAGAGGCAGCCUGCCCCUUCUGGAAAUGCAUCUGUGAUUAGCUCAGGUUUACAGCAGGAUCAGGCCAUAAAUGAUAACUUUGUUCCAAGGCGACCCUUAACCCGAUCUUGCACUCGCAUGUCCUCUGUGUCGUUGGUAUCGGAGACAGAUUUUUCAAGAGCCAGGUCUCGAGCAGCAGUGAAGAGGAAACGAAUGGCUGACAAAUCAACCAGCACUUCAGACCCAGUCACUGAGGAUGACCAUGUGCAGGUUUUGUCUCUGAAGAGCAAGAACCUGGUGGGAAUCACUCUGACCAACUGUGGAAUCACUGACCUGGUCCUUAAAGACUGCCCCAAAAUGAUGUUCAUUCACGCCACCAGAUGCCGUGUGUUAAAGCACCUAAGAGUAGAAAGUGCCCCCAUAGUAAACAGAUUUGACUAUGCUCAGUGUAAGAAGCUGGACAUGGAACAGGUCCUGGAUCAGAUACUGAGAAUGCCUCCUGAGAGGAAUCGCAUAAUCUACAUGCGUCCUAUGCACCAGAUUGACUCGGUAGCAUUGGAGCAUCAGCUGUUCCAGGGGCCUUAUCCUUAUCAUAUUGCUAUAGUACAUGAAUUUAGCAAUCCCCCAAAUAUACGCAACAAAGUUCGCAUUCGCAGUUGGAUGGACACCAUAGCUAACAUCAGUCAAGAGCUAAUAAAGUAUGAGUUCUUCCCAGAAGCCACCAGGACAGAAGAAGAUGUGAAAAAGUUUCCCAAAUACCCGUGGGGUCGAGAUAUCUACACACUGGAGGGAUUGGUGGAUGGUGCUCCCUACAGCAUGAUAACAGACUUUCCUUGGCUUAGGACUCUGAGAGCAGCGGAUCCUAACAGCUACGCCCGCUAUGACUUUGAAGAUGAUGAAAGCACCACCAUCUACGCCCCACGGCGUAAAGGACAGCUGUCUGCUGAUAUCUGCAUGGAGACCAUUGGGGAGGAGAUUUCAGAACGCCGACAGAGCAAAACAGGAGUAUUUCAGAGAGUAGUGGUCCUCUUCCUCCAUCACUGUGAUACACCAGGAGAACCUGUGGAUGAUGAUUACAUCUAGAAACCAAAGAAUAGUGUGAAUAAAAGGGAUACCAACCUUGACACUCCUGCUCCUGACUGUGAAACCACUUGGUUUCCUUUGUAAAUGAGAAAGUGGGUUACCUGUGGAAGCUGCAGGUCAGCACUACAUUCUUACACACUGACAUGUACUCAUGUCAUAAUAGCAUAUGACUCUACUAGCUUUGUGGAGAAGGAAUAACACAUUCUAAGGCCACUCACAAGGGGGCGCUAGUGAACUGGAACUGGACAGCUAAAGACACUAUCAUGUUGACAUGCUUUGGGAAAUCUCAACAAAGACUUUCCAGUUUUUUGAUGUUUCAUUUGGCACACACUGAAGGGUGACUCCUGCUCAGUUCUGCUUUUCUCAUUUUUUGAUCAGAUAUUACCAACCUGGUAUAUUCUAAGAAUAAAUAAAAUGGAGUAAAAGAAAAAAGCUCUAAUAUAUAGUUUUGUUCCACAUAAAGACUUUUCCUGAGGCCUUUACUGACAGCAUUGUCUGCACUGCUAGUUUUUGAGUUCUGUUUUCUGUCAUGCUGCUGAGAACGUGUGGUACAGAACAAUGCUUUAAGUAUUGCUCUGAUUUUUGUUCUGUCUGCAACCAUCGUUGUGGAGAAGAAAUUAUGCUUUUUAGUUAAGUUUCAAGUUUUCUUUUUGAAUCCAUAUCCUCUUUUUUUUUUUUUUUUUUUUUUUUUUUGUUGAUGGCUUUGGGUACUGGCGGGUUUGUCAUGUGUUGGCAUUUUAUCAGCAAGCACAAUGCAGAAAAAAGCCAUCUUUUUUCCUGGAAGGAGAUUUAAAACAAAGAAACAAACAAACAAAAAAAAAAAAGAAAACGUUAAUAGCUGAAUAUUUUCCAUGUGGCUGAGUUUUAGUCAUCUUUGCAUGCUAGGCCUUUUCAACUGAAGGCUCUUAUGCCAGGAUACUACAAUAAUUCCGCUGAAAUGUAUGAAUUACACCACAUUCUCACUCAACCGCACUAACUCAGACAAGGAUCACAGCAUUGCUGUGCAGAUAGUUUAAAUUAUAGGGCUUUAUAAUGUUGACCUGACACAUUUACAUUGCAUAACCGGCGCUAACGGCUUUGUUGCAGCUGAUCAUCUCUGUUCUGAACUUUCCCAGUGAUUAAGCAGCAUGCUUUUGGUGCUUUUACAACUUCUAAUCCAAUUGUAUGUAUGUAUAUCACUGAUAGUUUGGACUGGUAGAUUCAUGGAUUCACUUGUUUUAAAUGUGUUUUAACAUGAACAAACCAACCAUUUAACCCAUUGACCAAUUAGUUUUAUUUUCUUUCCUGAAGAUUACUGGUAUACAUGAUGUAGGCUCAUGAUUCCCUUUAGCUUUUUCACAGAAUUUGACAGUUGGUUGCUCAAGAUUGAUAUCAUGAGCAGCCAACUGUCAUAUCAGUCACAAUGAACUGAAUAUGUAAGGCAAGUCAAGCAUUCUUUUUGUAUUUACAACUGUGUAUAUAUGUCAUUGGAUAGCAGUAUGCUUCAAUUGUGUUUAAAUGUUUAUACAAUAAGAACAAGAUUGUUUCUCACAUCAAAAAAUAAAAAA